UUCUCUAUAAAAAGGUGUGACAGCAAUGCAGCAGUUGUCAUUGAUGAUCACUUGUAAUCAACAGUGAAGCAGCCACAGAGAAAAUACCUCCAUUUUUCAACAUUUCCAGACUUGAAUCAAAAUGAAUAAACCAACUUUGGGUUAUUGGGAUCUUCGUGGCUUGGGUCAGCCAAUCCGUUUAAUGUUGGCCUAUGCUGGUGUCGACUAUGUUGACAAACGUUAUACACUUGGUCCAGAUAUGGAUCGUUCUGAAUGGCUCAAAGAUAAAUUCAAUUUGGGUUUGGAUUUUCCAAAUUUGCCAUACUAUAUUGAUGGUGAUGUGAAAAUGACCCAAUCGAUGGCCAUUCUCCGUUAUUUGGCACGCAAAUACAAUAUGGAUGGCAGCAAUGAACAGGAACGUGUCCGAAUUUCAAUGGCUGAACAACAAGUCUAUGACAUGUUUAUGGCUAUGGUCCGUGUCUGUUAUGAUCCGAACAUGGAAAAAUUGCGCGUUGACUAUCUCAAAACAUUGCCCGAUUCCUUGAAAUUGAUGUCCAAAUUUAUGGCCAAUCACGAUUUUAUCGCUGGUUCCAAAAUUUCCUAUGCUGAUUUCUAUCUGUAUGAGUAUAUGUGCCGUAUCAAAGUGAUGGUACCCGAAGUUUAUGGUCAGUUUGAAAAUUUGAAAAAAUUUGUCGAACGUUUCGAAUCAUUACCACGGGUCUCGGAUUAUAUUAAGAAGCAAACGCCAAAGACAUUCAACGCAGCAAUGGCGAAAUGGAAUGGUUCAUAUCCUUAAAUGCGUGAAAUUGUGUGUGUUACUAA